CAGAGUAUCUUGUAUUGGAAUUUGAACUUAUGAUUGGCUAUUUAUAAAGGUUGUAUGACCUGCUAUGAGUUGCUUGUAUUGAGUAUCGGGAAUAGUAGUUAAAUGAGUUCGACAGGCGUAUUGCGUAGUCGCAAUCCUGAGGAUUCCCAGUCUCAGGCUGGAGGAGAUGCCACCUCUGAUUCGUCAAUGGAUAGCAAUGCCCAGACAGGUCUGUUGGCAGGAGAUAAUCCAAACGAAGGCCAACAGCACGACGUCGAGCAGGAGGCAAACUGGCGAACAAAUAAAUCUAGCAUAGCACUACUGGUGUUUUUGUACGUCUUGCAGGGAAUUCCCCUUGGACUUGCUGGCAGUAUUCCACUGAUCCUGCAACAGCGCAACAUCAGCUACAAGGGCCAGGCAACAUUUAGUCUAGUGUUCUGGCCAUUCAGCUUGAAACUAUUAUGGGCACCAUUCGUGGAUGGCAUAUACAGUAGGCGAAUGGGCCGAAGGAAGUCGUGGCUUGUGCCAACCCAGUAUGCCAUUGCCUUGUUGAUGAUCUGGCUGUCAUUUAUAGUGACGCAUUUGAUAGGAGAUGGCGAGAGCAGUGUUCCUCAGCUGGUGCCGUUGACAGGGGUUUUCUUUGCUCUGAACAUGCUGGCGGCAACACAGGACAUUGCCGUCGAUGGCUGGGCUCUAACUAUGCUGGACCGGCGAAAUGUAGGCUACGCCAGUACUUGCAACUCAGUAGGACAGACCGUAGGGUACUUUCUGGGGAACGUUGUCUUCCUGGCGCUGGAGUCGGCUGACUUCUGCAACUCGUACUUGAGAUUUGAGCCAGCCCCGACAGGUAUUGUAACGCUAGACUCAUUCCUGCUCUUUUGGGGCUUUGUAUUCCUUGUGACGACGUCACUUGUAUGGGCGUUCAAGGCAGAGAAGAAAGAGCUUUUGCUUGCCAGACGCCAAUCAUCUGAUAGUGAAGAGCGGGGUGGUGACUGUGAUACGGUCACGCACCAAUUACAGGGAACCGAGUGGACAACGGAGGAAUACGUUCAGCCCGAGGAGGCUGAUGCGCCUGGCAUUCUCUCGUCCUAUCGCCAGCUAUUCUGCAUCUUGAAGCUGAAGAAUAUACAGAGCUACAUCCUGUGUACGCUCUUCAUCAAGCUUGGAAUGUCAGUUGCUGAUUCCAUGACAGGCCUGAAGCUGAUUGAGUAUGGUGUUCCCAAGGAGAAACUGGCGAUGCUCGGCGUACCAGUGGUUCCACUGCAGAUAGUGCUUCCCUUGAUCAUCAGCCGCUACACGGCCGGCCCACGGCCUCUCACUGUGUACAUGUAUGCAUACGUGCCCCGCCUGCUGUUUGGCUUCGUCUUUGCUGCUCUAAUAUGGUGGACGCGGUCGUUUGGUCAGCAGAAUGGUGCCGGCCAUUUCCCUGGUUACUUUUACGUCGCCGUGGUUGCACUGUAUGCCCUGCAUCAGGUGACUGUCUACAGUAUGUUUGUAGCGAUCAUGGCGUGGCACUCGCGCAUCAGUGAUCCACGUGUGGGUGGUACAUACAUGACUCUCCUCAACACGAUCUCCAACUUGGCGGCCAACUGGCCCGGCAUUGUAGCCAUGUGGUUUGUCGACAUGCUCACUGUGCGCGAAUGCCGAAGCAAGGAGAGCUCUCAAGUGCUCGAUGCCGCUUGCCCCACAGCCAAUAGUGAGGCAUGCAAGACGGCUGGUGGGAACUGCUUUGCACUGUCGGACGGUUACUUCUAUGAAAUGGUGAUCAGCAUCUGCCUUGGCGCCGUGUGGCUCUACUACUUUGGCAAGAAAGUAUACUCGCUGCAGCUGGCUAACUUAUCCAGCUGGCGACUUCCAUCUAAUUUAGGUCAAAGUUAAAAGGGACAAGCCUGGCCCCCUCUCUCAGUCCUAUCACUGCUCCAAGUUAUUUUUGUGUUGGAGUGUAUCAACAGACAGUUUUACUUUGCAGUAUGUGAAUUUAUUUUACUUGAGUUUUUUUUUAUAGACCUUUUCUUGCACUGCCGUAGCCAUUUCACUGUCCGUAUAUUCCUUGCUAGCUGUGGAUAUUGAGCUUUCCAUAAACACCAGACCACUAACUUAACGAAAAACUCCUCUUCAACUAUCACCCAUUGCAGCGAGUGCCAGUAUGUUCAGGGAACCUUACUCGUAUGCAUACUGCUCCCAGAGUAUCUACUGAAAAUACAGGAAAACCUGCCUUUUAAA